AUGAAACAGGAGAAAAAUAUGAUGCAAAUGACCAACAGAAACAGUGAAGGGAAAGGAGACAUUGAAGGCACAGGGUCAAAUGGAGAAGAAUUGCAAAUGGCUGAUGAUGCUCGCCAACCUUUGAGCCGUGUGGUGCCUAUUUCUUCUUCCCACCUAACCCCUUACCGUGUAAUAAUCAUACUUCGGUUGGUUAUCUUGGGCUUUUUCUUGCAAUACCGGUGUACUCAUCCAGUGAAUGAUGCUUAUCCCUUGUGGCUGACAUCAGUAAUUUGUGAGGUUUGGUUUGCAUUCUCGUGGCUUCUGGAUCAGUUUCCAAAGUGGUUUCCCAUCAAUCGCGAGACCUAUCUGGACAGGCUUGCGUUAAGAUAUGAUAGGGAAGGUGAGCCUUCUCAGUUAGCACCGAUUGAUGUAUUUGUCAGUACAGUGGAUCCCCUGAAAGAGCCUCCUCUGGUUACUGCCAACACUGUAUUGUCCAUCCUUGCCGUGGAUUACCCUGUCGACAAAGUCUCAUGUUAUGUUUCAGAUGAUGGUUCAGCAAUGUUAACUUUUGAAGCCCUCUCUGAGACGGCAGAGUUUGCAAGGAAAUGGGUGCCCUUCUGCAAGAAGCACAACAUUGAGCCUAGAGCCCCUGAAUUCUAUUUUGCUCAGAAGAUAGAUUAUCUGAAGGACAAGAUACAGCCUUCUUUUGUGAAAGAGCGCAGGGCCAUGAAGGUUCUUUGUGUCAGGGCUGAUGAUGCUCGCCAACCUUUGAGCCGUGUGGUGCCUAUUUCUUCUUCCCACCUAACCCCUUACCGUGUAAUAAUCAUACUUCGGUUGGUUAUCUUGGGCUUUUUCUUGCAAUACCGGUGUACUCAUCCAGUGAAUGAUGCUUAUCCCUUGUGGCUGACAUCAGUAAUUUGUGAGGUUUGGUUUGCAUUCUCGUGGCUUCUGGAUCAGUUUCCAAAGUGGUUUCCCAUCAAUCGCGAGACCUAUCUGGACAGGCUUGCGUUAAGAUAUGAUAGGGAAGGUGAGCCUUCUCAGUUAGCACCGAUUGAUGUAUUUGUCAGUACAGUGGAUCCCCUGAAAGAGCCUCCUCUGGUUACUGCCAACACUGUAUUGUCCAUCCUUGCCGUGGAUUACCCUGUCGACAAAGUCUCAUGUUACGUUUCAGAUGAUGGUUCAGCAAUGUUAACUUUUGAAGCCCUCUCUGAGACGGCAGAGUUUGCAAGGAAAUGGGUGCCCUUCUGCAAGAAGCACAACAUUGAGCCUAGAGCCCCUGAAUUCUAUUUUGCUCAGAAGAUAGAUUAUCUGAAGGACAAGAUACAGCCUUCUUUUGUGAAAGAGCGCAGGGCCAUGAAGCAAGGUAAACUUCUUGUUCCACAGAGAGAAUACGAAGAAUUCAAGGUACGAAUCAAUGCACUUGUUGCUAAAGCACAAAAGAUGCCUGAAGAGGGCUGGACGAUGCAAGAUGGAACUCCUUGGCCCGGAAAUAACCCAAGGGAUCAUCCAGGAAUGAUCCAGGUGUUCUUAGGGCAUAGUGGGGGCCUUGAUACAGAUGGGAAUGAGCUACCACGCCUUGUUUAUGUUUCUCGUGAAAAGCGUCCAGGCUUCCAACAUCACAAAAAAGCUGGAGCUAUGAAUGCUUUGAUUCGAGUUUCUGCCGUCCUUACCAAUGGUGCAUAUCUUUUGAAUGUCGAUUGUGAUCACUACUUUAAUAACAGUAAAGCUCUUAAAGAAGCUAUGUGUUUUUUGAUGGAUCCUGCCCUUGGAAGGAAAACUUGUUAUGUUCAGUUCCCCCAACGGUUUGAUGGCAUUGACUUGCAUGAUCGAUAUGCAAAUCGCAAUAUUGUCUUCUUUGAUAUCAACAUGAAAGGGCAGGAUGGCAUUCAGGGUCCAGUCUACGUGGGAACUGGAUGUUGUUUCAACAGGCAAGCUCUGUAUGGGUAUGAUCCAGUCUUAACGGAGGCAGAUUUGGAACCAAACAUUAUUGUCAAGAGUUGUUGUGGCUCAAGGAAAAAGGGAAGGAAUGGCAACAAGAAGUACAUUGAUAAGAAGAGAGCAAUUAAAAGAACUGAAUCCACCAUUCCCAUUUUCAAUAUGGAAGAUAUUGAUGAGGGUGUCGAAGGAUAUGAUGAUGAGAAGUCGCUUCUUAUGUCUCAGAAGAGCUUAGAAAAGCGGUUUGGUCAAUCUCCGGUGUUUAUUGCUGCCACCUUCAUGGAGCAGGGAGGGAUUCCACCAACAACUAAUCCUGCAACUCUUUUAAAAGAAGCAAUCCACGUUAUUAGCUGUGGAUAUGAGGACAAGACUGAGUGGGGCAAAGAGAUCGGUUGGAUCUACGGUUCUGUGACUGAAGAUAUUUUGACUGGGUUUAAGAUGCACGCACGGGGAUGGAUAUCAAUCUAUUGCAUGCCUCCCCGUCCAGCAUUUAAGGGGUCUGCUCCCAUCAAUCUUUCUGAUCGUUUGAACCAGGUCCUUCGAUGGGCUUUGGGAUCAAUUGAAAUUCUUCUGAGCAGGCAUUGCCCAAUAUGGUAUGGCUACACUGGAAGACUGAAGCUUUUGGAGAGGAUCGCAUACAUUAACACCAUUGUCUAUCCCCUCACCUCUAUUCCACUGCUUGCUUACUGCAUACUUCCUGCUAUCUGUCUUCUUACUGGAAAGUUUAUCAUUCCUCAGAACAGUGGAUACUGUUUGGUAAGCCCCAAAUUUUGGCCAAAGGCAUGUAGUUUGGAUCUAGCUGCCAGUGCAUUUGGAUAUGAUGAUGAGAAGUCGCUUCUUAUGUCUCAGAAGAGCUUAGAAAAGCGGUUUGGUCAAUCUCCGGUGUUUAUUGCUGCCACCUUCAUGGAGCAGGGAGGGAUUCCACCAACAACUAAUCCUGCAACUCUUUUAAAAGAAGCAAUCCACGUUAUUAGCUGUGGAUAUGAGGACAAGACUGAGUGGGGCAAAGAGGUAUUGAUGAUACUAAUGUGGCAUCUAAACCUGUAUUUNUGCGAUUGCUACUUCGCAGUCCUCACUAAAUAUGUUACAAUUUCUCUGCAGAUAAGCAACUUUGCUAGUAUGUGGUUUAUUCUUCUCUUCAUCUCUAUUUUUGCUACCGGCAUACUGGAGCUUAGGUGGAGUGGUGUGGGUAUUGAAGACUGGUGGCGAAAUGAACAGUUCUGGGUCAUUGGUGGCACAUCAGCCCAUCUGUUUGCCGUCUUCCAAGGUCUAUUGAAAGUGCUUGCCGGGAUUGAUACCAACUUCACCGUCACUUCAAAGGCAUCUGAUGAGGAUGGAGAGUUUUCGGAGCUUUAUGUAUUCAAGUGGACAUCUCUUCUCAUCCCUCCAACCACAGUCCUUAUUUUGAACUUGGUAGGUAUGGUGGCUGGUGUUUCCUAUGCCAUAAACAGUGGAUACCAGUCAUGGGGUCCUCUGUUCGGCAGGUUGUUCUUCGCCCUUUGGGUUGUUGUCCACCUAUAUCCCUUCCUCAAAGGUUUGUUAGGCCGGCAAAAUCGUACCCCUACCAUUGUCAUUGUCUGGUCUGUUCUCCUUGCUUCUAUAUUCUCCCUUCUAUGGGUUCGAAUUGAUCCCUUUACCUCAGCCUCCACAAAAGCUGCUUCAAAUGGUCAAUGUGGCAUCAACUGCUAG